GAGAAAAUAUCUAUGGAGGAGUCGGAAAAAAGUUCGGCAUUGACAAAAUUUGACGCUCACAAAAAGACGGAUUUCGGAAACCAAGUAGGAAUAACUGCAUGGGACUGGUUGACACGGUUGGAACAACUUUUGGUCCACUUUUUCCUUAUCAUAUUUGACACGACGGCCGAUUCCUCGAAACUAAUGAUGGACAUGAUGCCAAAGGAGGCCUCGAGUCAAAUUGAAGAAAUAUUUAAACUCCUCUUGGAAGCUGAUCCUGGUAAAUUAUCCUGUCUCACGGGUUUUAGUAUUAUUGUUUGUUGAUAUCUGUGCUUGAGUUGCGCAAAUUAAUAUUUAUUUUGGGCAUAUUGACGUGGUCUAGAAAUGUACAAAGAACUGGGUCACAUUGUCAACUUGGCAGAGCAAUGGCUACUCCACUGGGGAGGAGGGGAUGCAGAUAAGAAGAGCAAAGCUGUCGAGUUUGUCCGUUUGUACCUCGUCGGCAUCAAAGGCAGGAACCACUACAAUUUGCCCGUCGAAGUUCGGCUCAGACAACUUGGAGCGUUCAUCGCUGGGCUGAAAACCAUUGGUAAACAAUUUACUUCUAGGAUUGAUGCAUUGUUAUUAUAAAAUUAAAUAUCUAUGUAUGAGUAUACACUUUGAACUUGGGAUUUCUUCUUUUCUAAACAUUUAAGAAAAUGACGAUGGCCUGCAGAUUGACUUGGAAAGCUUGGAAACUACAGGAUUCCCCCAAGUGACGGUUCCGUCGAUACGAUUUGUUCCGCCACGCCCAUUGCCAGCCAUACGUCCUCCGAGUCCUCGGGUGAAGCCUGCUACUCAUUUUGCCAGAGUGGUCGCUAGCAUUUUGUGCGACAUCCCCUGCUCUGCUCCCUUAAAAAUACCAGACGUUUAUGCACACGGAUUGGGCAAAGUCGUGUUUGACAAUCCACUUCACAGCGACCAAAGAUUUCAAUCCUAUAUUGAGUGAGUUUUUCGAAUCAAAAUUAUUACUCAUCGUGCGGUUUUGGACUAAUGUUUUAAUUAUACCGGUUCAGUGAUACCUACGGAAAAAAAUACAGGAAAGGAGACAUCUUUAAACGUGCCCAGCUUGAAAUGGCGUCCGGACGACCGCAAAGCGCUCCAGAUGGAAGCAAUGGGUUUUCUAACUUUAUGAACUUCAACGUAGUUGGACAGAGUCAUGUGGACGUGGAUGGUAGAAAUACUGGAAGCAGAGAUCAAGAAGCAAGGACGAGAGAUAAAGACUAUCAUGAAAAAAGAAAUCAGGGCAGAAAAUGGAGCAAUCCAGAUGUCAGUGCUGGCGGUCAAGGCAGCAGAGACAGAGGUCGGCGACGAGGAGGCAGCAAAGACCAAAGCACCCAAAGAAGUGACCACUACCGAGGCAUGGGCGGUGGAAUUGGACAUAGAAAUUACCCAGGAGCGCCAGGAGGAGGAGGACAAGAAUUCUUUAAUGAUGCGAAUGGUGGUUACAAACAUCGAUUAAAAAAUUACCCCCGGAGGGGCGAGGAUGGAGAUGGUCAGCAAAGAGGGAGUAAGGAUCGAGAGUUUGGCAGUAGCAACAGAAGACCUGCAAGAGAGCGAGAUUUGCGGGGGAGCAUAGAACCAGAAUCCGAUGGAAGACAAAGAAGUAAAACUCGAGGUUUGCAAGAUGGGCGAGAGUGGAACAGGGAGACAGAGGAUGGCAAUCGACCAUCUCGGAGACAAAAGGGGAAGACAGAAAAUGGAGGCGGUGCCGCUGAGUGGAGGAGUGACCAGGAGAAUGGCGGGCGACGGACAUUAAAGGAUCGGGGGAUACAGUAUCAGGAGCAAGGGACAGGUGGAAAAAGGUUCAGUAAAGAUCGUGAGACGCAGGUGGGUAACAGCCAGAAAUGGCGAAAUGAGCAGGAGAAUUACAAUGAAAUGACUUUGGAUCGGAGGACUGGAGGCAGACGCGAAAGUAAAGAACAGGAAGUGCAGGUGGGAAGUCCAAGACUCGCUGGAAGACAGGAAAGUAAUGCCCAGCGGUCUAGUCGAGACAAAGCUGUCCAACAAUCAGGUAGAGACCGGGGGGAAAUGGAUGCAAGGCAGACCCGGAGGGAUAAUCAGGAUCCACAAGGAGCAGGUCGUCAGAAAAUGAGCAAGGACCAAGAUGCUCAGGGCGGCAGUCGAAGGUGGAGCAAAGAUGGUGGUGAAUUUGGUGGGAAACUGACAAGUAAAGGCCCGGAAACGCAAGGCAGUCUAAAGUCCAGUAAAGAUAUACAAGGUCAAUUUGGUGGUGGUCAAAGGUCAAGCAAGAAUCAGGAAAUUGGUGGCGGCAAUAGACGACCGAGUAACAUCAGGGAUCGCGAAUUGAGGAAGAAAAGUGAACGUGAUUUCAGGAGCACGGGAGUUGCAGACAAUUACGGUCGGGAGUCUGACUAUAACAAUAAGCGGGCCUAUAAAAGCCAAGCCGACAUUAAAGAGUCUAGGAAGACAAGACAAAUGUUUUCAAAGUCGGAGGCAAUGCUGGCAAAUAACUUUGGUGAUGGAGAAGAUGGUCAAACCUUAUCUAAAAUUAGCAGAGAAUCGUCGUCAACUCCUAAUGUUCCCGGAGGAGAUGGUUCCCCCCUCGUGAAGGCAAAGCCCAACAGCAAAAAACUAAAAGAAAAAGCUAAAAAGAAAAGUAAUGGGAUUCCUGAUGAACUUAGAGCUCAGAUCGCACUCGUGCAUGGAAUUGAUCCAGUGUCAUUGAUUAAGGAUCCUGAGAUUUCGUUGGACAGUGACUACUUGCUGGACGAUCUGGCUGGCGAAGGCGGAGCGAUUUGGAGGAAAAUGAUAGCUAUGGAGGACAGCAGCUUCAUUCAGAGUGCUGGUCCUUUAAGAGCCGGUGGUGGCGACGCCUCAAAAAGACAUUCGUACAUUGGAUGUCCAGCUUCAUUGUGGGGAAAGUUGCCCAUUCCCUGUGACAAACUAUUCACAGAACUUCCUCCAAAAGAAUCUAUAUGUUGCAAUGCUGCCCUUGACCCAUUUUCCAUUCCUUCAAAGAGCGUCCUCAUGGAGGACACCACGGGAGCUUUGGACAACUAUGCUGAAAUUCCUGGAAACAUACAAAAGUACAAACAGAUUUUCAGGGACGAAGCAAGAACUAAAGGUUUGCCACGUCCAUCCACUGCGGAAGUGACAAAUCGACUGAUCCAGAGGACGUCCAAGGUUAUCAAGAAGAGGUUGGACAAGGGAAUUGUCAUGAAUGAGCUGGAAUAUGUCCCAGGCGAUCCCACGCAACCAACUUCAGCAAAUAAUUCCGGAGUUUCCACCAACGAAACGAACGAAAGCGACGGAAUAGAUUCCUCCGCCGAUCUUCUCGGUGGUGAUUCGUCAAGGGCCUUUUCGUCUCGGAAUAAGUCCAAAAGUUUUAUAAUGGGCAGCAGCAAAGACGGAGGGAUGGGGAGAAAGUCUUCUUUGAAGGGAAUCAAGAAAUAUUCUGCACGCAAACGUCGAUCUUUUAUCCACGAGAAAGAAUUGGCAGAAAGUGGUCGCAAAACGCAGGAUGGCGAGGCUCAAACGCAUCCAGGCAGUUCAGGAGACGAGGUCAAGCCCAGGCUUAGUCUCACUGAGAAUGAUUCAUCCCCCAGCUCUCAAGCAGCAGUGAACAUUUUUCCCUCCGAAACUGACCCAAUGAAACUUCCUCCGCUCCAAAAUAUGGAUGAACAAGAUGAUAUGCUGUCGGACACAGUACAUUAUUCAGGAAAUUCGAUCACAUCUUCUGCCAAAGCAGGAGCAGAUAACGCAAGUAGUAUAAAUAAGGGUCAGAUAAGCAUGACCACGACUGACACGAGCCUGCAACAAUCUCACAAUACCACUGUUCGGACCAAUAACAACAAGCACCUCAAGCACAAUAAUGACCAUUCAACAAUCAAUCACGUCAGCAAUACUACUUCUUGGAUAGGUCAAGGAGACCAGUUGGAUGAUAAUGCCAUAAUGAACCCUUGUUGGGAAAUGGUGUCCAAGUUGUUCAAGUCUCCCCUCAAGGCCCCCGCAAUUCCACUACCGGACAACCUGCUUGCACACAUUGAGAAAAAGUUUCCACUGUCGCAGUGGCCAAGAGGAAGUCCAAUAGCGUUGAGAUACUACCCAACAGGCCAACCAUUCUGCGUCGUAUUUAAGAAUGGAGCUGGAAGGGUUCACUAUCCCCACGGUGGACUUGCAGUGGCUAUAUCAGCUCCUGCACAAACAUCGAGUCGCAUAUUAGUUAUCAGAGACCCAUUUGAUCAAUUCUACUUCUUUGACAGAGCCGUUAUGGCGGAUUUAAGUUGUAGUGGAAAAGGUGCAGUUUUCGAUGAAAGUGGAGUUGUCAAGGUUCAGUAUAAUCCUUCCGGAGGAUAUCGGCAAGAGGGUGUCGGAAAGAUGGCUCAACGAUGGCAGUGGAAUUCUGGAGGCCAAAGAAUAGUCAUUAAACUCAACAGAUACAUGGCCCUUAAAAUCAUGGACAUUACAAAAAUCUAUCUCGUUUUUUACGGCAACAAACGUGGAGUUCGACUCAAUGUUGGGGCAGGUCGGCAAGUUAAUUUGAUGAGUUUAACUUGCGAUAGUAGCAAAUUGGUGAUGAGCGACUCAUCAGGAGGGAGACCAAAAUCCGUGUGUGGUGCGUUCGACUAUGCCCGAGGUCGAUACAACAGUACUCCCAUGCUCCCGUUCCUGGACAACGAAAGGGGUCGAAAACACCACCAGCGUUGUACAUCGGCCGUAAAUGACAGUAGCGGAAUACACUCCUUGCCACAGUUUACGUAUAGCUUUAGUGAGUUCAACAAUUGUAAUGAUAGUGUCGAUGAUGGGUCUCACGACUGCUAUUCACAUGGGUGCAUUAACACAUGUUUGUAACGCAAUAAUGCAAUUGUCAAGGGUGCUCU